AGGUCUCUCUCCCACGUCACACAGCGCAUUUCUCGCACUUGCACCACGCAGCAGCCUCGCCCCGUUUCUUAUUCGCUAGGGCUGCGCUUCCCGCUGCUCUUGCACUCGUGCUCCACACCUGCCUUUAAAAAAAAAAGGCGGCACUGUACAUUCUUCCUGAUUGGUGUUUGACAUCCUGUAACAUGUGUUGGUCUUGCCACUAUUAGUCCUGUAGUCAAUAGCCCAACAUGAAUCCCACUGCGAGUGCGUACGUUCCGUCGUCGGCCAUCGCAGAGACGCUCCAUCGUCGACGGCCCACACCACCCACGACGCCGCCGAUCAUGGCCCCCACAGCUGCGAGGGGCUCCAUGACGACUGCCGCCGUCUCAGCCAACGGCGCUCACCUCACCGCAGCGGAGCGUUUGCGCAACUUAAAUAGCACGGCGGCACCGCCGUCUCCACCGAAGCAAACAGUCACGUCAUCCGCCCUAAACUCUGCCGCUCAGACGCCCGUGCUGACGCUGACCACGGCCCCGCCCGCACCUGCGGCGUCGACGUCUUCUGCCGCCUCUUCCCCUCCCGAUUCGAAUGACAAUACAGCCGCGGCAGCAGCGCACCAUGGCGUUAUUCGCUAUACGAAGCAGCUGCUGCUGUCAUUGCGACCUGCAGCGAUGGAGUACGUGACGCGUGGCCCCAUCGUUGACCACCCGCCGUUUCUAAAAAUCCCGGAGGGCUUCGCACAUCUUUUAGAGCUACCGCACGCGCUGGAGUACGUGAAUGUGGACGCGGCGACGCAACUGGUAGAGCACCGCACCUACGUCAGCCCUCUCCUCUCUUCCUUUGGGCAGUCACGCGCGGCGGAGUCCAACGUCACUGCGGAGACGGAAGACGACAUCGCCCACGCUCGUCUUUACAACUGCGCUAUCUGUGCCGAGGGUGGCCCUCAGCCAUGCCCUGCCAUCCAACGAAUCAUUCAACGUGCGUCAAAAUUCGCCAUGUCCACCAAGCUUGGGACUGCACUCAUGCAGCCGGCGCUGGUCGUUGAGUCGUUGCUGCGGCUUGCCUUGGUGUUUGAGGCGAAGCAGAGCUCGAUGCGACUACGCCUGCUCGCCGAGCGUAGUCCACGCGUCGUGCAUUUAGUCGAGGAGUACCUCUGCGGGGAGGGCUAUCACCUGCCGCUGCCACCUGUCACGGCGCACGAGGAGUGGGCCGCCAUGAACGCUAUGCUGAAGUUCGACGCCAUCCGCGACAACAAAACGCGGGUCAUUACGGAUUUGUCGAAGCACUGGAAGAAACGCCGGACACAGUUUGAGCAGUUUGUCCACUUCUUUGCUUUCCGCGACGCGCGCCCGGUGCGACCAGCGAAGAACAUUAUCACGCAGUCCGUGAAGCCAGGGAUGGUGGCGAUGCUGACGGGAGACGUGACCGCCGUGCUGCUGCUGCACCGCCUGGGCUUCUUCAUUCCUCCCGACUACUACUGGUCCGUGUACCCCUUUCUUCGUCAGUCCCUCGGCGAGGGCACACUGGCCUAUGACGUGGUUCGACACCUCGGCCUGUACGUUUCGUCGGUGCAGCCGACCGAUAUGUACAAUCCGGUAGAGCGGCCGCGGCGUUUGGCGUAA